GUUUCGUAAAAAAUCAAGAAUUAAGAAUGUUUGAGGCAGAAGAUAAACAACAAGUUGAACAACUUGAAGACUUUGUUUGUUAAAACGUGCGGCAUUAACAGAUAUUUAACUUUCGGACGUAGGCGUAAAUAUGGAAGAUUUUGUUUAUUCUACGUAUUCAAUUGUUUGCUAUGCAUUGAAAAAUGUACAACACUACACCUUAAAGCUCAUCAAGAUAAAUUAUGAUGUGAUAUCUGCUGCGUUGUAUAUCCUGUCGGAAGUUACACGAUUUAUCAUAAAUUUCAUUUCUGUUACUUUCAAUGUCGUCGUAAGCGUGCUUGAAGCGUUCACAGACUUUUUAGCAGAGUCUUUCAACUUUCUAAGAGCGUUUCUACAGUUACUAUGGAAAUUUGUAAUGCUUCUAUUGAGUAUUCUUGACCUUGUGUUGAAAGGAUUAGAACAGGUGAUAUAUUUCAUUUGGAGUGGAGGAAAAUGGACAGCAGGAGCCUUCUCAGCAUCUUUGGAAAAUAUUCAAGUGCUAUCUGUGUCGAUUUAUGAAUAUUUGCGUGUAUUUUUCACCUUUCUGUUUGAGAAUAUUUCAAAUGGGCUAGUCGUUUGUGGAACGUAUUCACUGAAGUUUGUUGUUGGUGCUUUCAAUUGGUUCACAUGGUUACUUUUCGGUACAGCCUCACUAGUCGAUGGUGCUAUGAUAUACUUUGCAGAUUCUGUGAAGUUUCUUGUUGAUUCUGUGUACUAUGCAUUGACAGAUAUUAUUCCGAACACUCGAUUAGAGACCUACAUGGGUAUAUUGAUGAUUGUGUUGUUUUACGGGACCUUUGUUCAUGUUGUGACUAGACUGUACAGUCGGGGUUACACAUUCCCUUACCCUAGAACUGUAAAUCAAUAUAAUGUUCCCUAUCAUGGAUUUGGAAACGAGUUUUCAGAUGAUGAGUUUGGCAUGAGUGCAGAUGAAGAAAACUAUGAAGGCAGCGAUACCGACUCUGACAAUGCAUCAUUGGAGGGAGAGGAGCAAGACUUUUCAGACGAUGAUGAAUUUUCUGAUGAGGCAUCAGAGUUGUCUGUUGAUGAUGAAAGUGACAGUGAAGAAGAAAACUCAUCGAAUGACAGUGAUGAAUCCUUGGAGCCAAUAGAUAUUCAGCUUCCAGCUGAACCCCAGUACAAUCUCAGGAGGUCCACCACCCCAAACAGGCAGAAGAAAUCAGCAAAAGACAUUGAAAUGGAGAUAGAAAGAGAGCGAGAAAAGCAGAUGUGUGUUGUUUGUCAAGACAAUAAAAAAUCGGUGCUUAUCCUGCCAUGUAGACACAUGUGCUUGUGUGUUGAGUGUGGGAACAGAAUCGCCCGAGCAAGACCACUGACCAGGAGAAUAUGUCCUCUGUGCAGGCAGAAGAUUCGGACAAUUAUGAAUGUGUACCUGUGAGAUGUGGAGUCUGUCAUGUUGAUUUGAUUUGAUGUACAGCAUAGAUUUGAAUGUGAUUACAGAAAGAGCUAUUAAUAGUACAUAUGAAUGAGAGAUGUGUUUGUGGUAAUGCUGAAUGAUCAUUAUUUAUCUUGUUGUGUAAUUGUGAGGAACACAAUGAGGUUCUUUGAGUGAUAGUUAAUCAUGUAUAUAUAUGUGGAUAUAAUUAUCAUAUACAUCAUAAUAAGAGAAAGAUCUUAAUUAUACCCCCACUCCGAAGGAGAGGGGGUAUACUGUUUUACCCUUGUGUGUCUGUCUGUCCGUCCGUCCGUCUGUCUGUCUGUCUGUCCGUCUGUCUGUCCGUCCGUAACAAAAAUUUCUGUCGCAUUUAUCUCAGCAACUAUUUAUUGCAGAUGCUUGAAAUUUUAACACAGUGUUUGUUAAGGCAUGCCAUAUCGUGGGAUAUAUUUUUGUACCAAUCGGACGUCAACUUCCUGUUAAAUGACGACUUUGCUUAUUUUUUAACCAAAAUUUUCAAACAAAUUUUCGUCAAAGAUUUCUCAGCAACUGUUUAUCGCAGAUGCUUGAAAUUUUAACACAGUGUUUGUUAAGGCAUGCCAUAUCGUGGGAUGUAUUUUUGUACCAAUCAAACGUCAACUUCCUGUUAAAUGACGACUUCGUUUAUUUUUUGCCAAAAUUUUCAAACAAAUUUCCGUCAAAGAAUUCUCAGCAGCUAUUUAUCGCAGAUGCUUGAAAUUUUAACACACUAUUUGUUUAGGCAUGCCAUAUUGUGGGAUAUAUUUUUGUAUCAACCGGACGUCAACUUCCUGUUAAAUGACGACUUUGCUUAUUUUUUAACCAAAAUUUUCAAACAAAUUUUCGUCAAAGAUUUCUCAGCAACUAUUUAUCGCAGAUGCUUGAAAUUUUUACACAAUAUUUGUAUAGGCAUGCCAUAUCGUGGGAUAUAUUUCUGUACCAAUCGGGUGUCAACUUCCUGUUAAAUGACGACUUUGUUUAUUUUUAGCCAAAAUUUUCAAACAAAUUUUUGUCAAAGAUUUCUCAGCAGCUAUUUUUCGCAGAUGCUUGAAAUUUUAACACACUAUUUGUUUAGGCAUGCCAUAUUGUGGGAUAUAUUUUUGUAUCAACCGGACGUCAACUUCCUGUUAAAUGACGACUUUGCUUAUUUUUUAACCAAAAUUUUCAAACAAAUUUUCGUCAAAGAUUUCUCAGCAACUAUUUAUCGCAGAUGCUUGAAAUUUUUACACAAUAUUUGUAUAGGCAUGCCAUAUCGUGGGAUAUAUUUCUGUACCGAUCGGGUGUCAACUUCCUGUUAAAUGACGACUUUGUUUAUUUUUAGCCAAAAUUUUCAAACAAAUUUUUGUCAAAGAUUUCUCAGCAGCUAUUUUACGCAGAUGCUUGAAAUUUUAACACACUAUUUGUUUUGGCAUGCCAUAUCGUGGGAUAUAUUUUUGUAUCUAUCGGACGUCAACAUCCUGUUAAAUAAUGACUUUGUUUAUUUUUUGCCAAAAUUUUCAAACAAAUUUUUGUCAAAGAUUUCUCAGCAGCUAUUUAUCGGAGAUGCUUGAAAUUUUUACACAGUGUUUGUUAAGGCAUGCCAUAUUGUGGGAUAUAUUUUUGUACCAAUUGGACGUCAUCUUCCUGUUAAAUGAGUACUUUGUUUAUUCUAGCCAAAAUUUUCAAACAAAUUUUCCUCUAAGAUUUCUCAGCAGCUGUUUAUCGCAGAUGCUUGAAAUUUUAACACACUAUUUGUUUAGGCAUGCCAUAUUGUUGGAUAUAUUUCUGUACCAAUUGGAUGCCAGCUUUCUGUUAAAUGUCGACUUUGCUUAUUUUGCAUAUUCACAUCAGAGCGGGGGUAUCACUAGUGAGCAUUGGCUCACAGAUAUCUUGUUAGAUAAAGCAUAUGAUAUUUAUUUUUCUCUCUGCACUAAAUUAAUAAUUCAUUCAUUGUUCUUUUUUUUUACCUCAUAUUUUCUAGCCAAGAAUGUUUAUUAUGUAAAAUUGUGAAGAAAAUUAAUUACUUUAUUUCACUGAGAAAAAAGAAGUACAUGCACAAGUAAUCCUGUAGCAAAAGAUAUAGAUAUAUUCAUUUAAAAUUGAAAAAGUAGUGUUUAUAUAUAGAACUUGUAUAACUCAUUGUUAAGCUUUGAUUAUUUAUGAUGGAAAUACUUGCAGUGAAUGAUAUUUUAUUGUGAUGAUGAAAGAUGUCAAGGUAUCUGAUUGUUACCAGUUGAUAUUAUACAAAGCUAACACAAGAAAAUUAUACGAUUAAUGCAAGUUUUACUGUUCAAACACAAAUAGUGGCAUGAAAGUGUUUAAUUAAGAAUUUUUGGUUGCUUCAAUUUCUUAUGAUUGAGAACAAGAAGUAUGGACACAUUGAUUUAUAGAUGAUUCAAUGAUGUAUAUUUCUUUGCUCAUUACAUGUAAUAUCAAUCACCAGUUGUGUUCAGAAUUUACAAUUAAAACAUUAUUCAAAAAAUUAAA